AUUUGCUGACUCGGUCACUGCUUCGAAGAAGAAAUUCAUCACUGAUGGCUCACCAUACUUUUUUUGGUGAAUUUUCUUGUGAAUGUGGGCAAUCUUGGAAAAGUGAGAACACUUAUCCUGAUAAGAAACAGAUAUGUUUUACAUGCAAGACUUGGAUUUUCCCUAAAUAUCUGCGACCAAAGACACCAUAUCAAGGCCGCUACCGGGCAUAUGGCUGGUUUUAUUGCAGUGAUUGUGAUAAUGAAUGGACUAGCCACAAUUCAUGGGCCAACAUGGGGCAAGUGUGUUAUUCUUGUGAUGACUUGAUAUAUCCCUACAGACAAGUGAGGCCGAAAUGUGGAAAGGGAAAUCCAAAAACCCCUCACUUCAGAAAGUAUUGUGAAAUGUGUUGGUAUUUAAAGAAAAAUUGCAAAAAUUAUAAUCCUGAUGCUGAUACUGAUACUGAUACUGAUACUGAUAGUGAUGACCAUGCAAGUGAUUACAAUGAUGAUGAUCGUUAUUAUUAAGAAAAAUAAUGAUGUUUUUAUGGUCACAAUUUAUUUUUUAUUAUUGUCUCAAAGAACUGCCAUUGAAUUUUGCUACGCUGAAAUUUUUGUGAAUAUAUGUAAUGUAACUGCAAUUCAUAUACAUGGAUUGCAUUUUUUAAUAAUUUUUAUGUUGUACAACUUUUCUGUUAAUAGUGGCUAUGAAUUUGCUUAUUCCAAAUGUUAUAUUAUGUAGAGUGUAGUCACACCUCACACAUGCAGGAGCAUCCAAUGAAUAAUAGAUCAAGUAUAUCCUAAUAAAUAUCAUUAUCUUAUCACUUCCUUUGCCUGGAGCCCUUUUAAUUAAUAUAAACUGCAGCUGCAUAGUCAUUCCACUGUCAGUCCUGAGUCCUCUGUCUGUCUUGUGCAGAAUAUUUUUUCUGAUGCAGUGAACAUGUCUUCCCAGAAGACACCUUAUCAAGGAUCCAAGAGAGUGUUUGGUGAUUUUCGCUGCUCAAAGUGCAAUCGUACAUGGAGCAGUGGUAAUUCAUGGGCAAACAUGGGGCAAAAGUGUAAAGAAUGUGACAUCAUGAUUUACCCCUACCAACAGCGUCCUCUUCAUAAAAAACAUGAUUAUGAUGAAGAUGAAGAAGACUAUUUGUAUGAUUCUGGUGCUCCCCACCUCUCCCAUCUUUGUGAGAAAUGCAAGAAGCUUGGAUACAACUGUCGAGGUCGAGGAUCCAAAGCUUUUUAUUAAAUUGUAUGGGACAAAGCUUUGUUUAAUUGUAUAUGAGUAGCAAGAGACCAAGAGUAAUAGCAGUAUUGUCAUUUUCCUGUUGUGUAUUGUAUAUUGUAACAUAAUGGUAUGUUUUUGCAAUAUCAUUGUUAAGUUAUGAAAUUUAUAAAUAUUCACUACUGGGACUAUCCCUCAGUUUAUCCCCCUAA